AGUGGUCUCUGCUAGGAUGGCCCCACCCACAUCCACAGGGUACAAGGGCUCACUGAAUGAUUGGAGGAGGAUGAAAAUGAUGUAAAUCAUAUGCUAUGGUAUGCCUUCACAUUCACAAGAGACCAUCAGAACAACUGCUGAGAGGAUAUCCUUUGGAAGUUCAUCGCUCCAGUACUGGUCCAGAGACUUGUAGACAUGAUGUCCCUGGUGUGUUCCAGCCACAUGGUCACGGGCACACAGUCUUCUGUUUACACCGAGCGUAUUGGUCAGUUGGUUCAGUGUUCCUUUCCAGAGGCAGCCAUAGGAAAGAUGUACGAGAUUCAACGGACCGUAGUGGAAUCCAAGCCGAAGAAAUUCAUCUGAUUGGACAUGAGUGGACUACGAAGCUCUCUGUGGAGGUGGACCAAGGCUUUUCAGAAAACCACUGACUGUCUAACACGCCUACAUCAGGACCUAGGCUGAGGGAUGAUGAUGAUGAUGAUGAUGCCGUUCAAGCAAUGGCUUGCUUUGUAUACAUUCACUGUUCCCAGAUCACUUACACUCGUUCUGCCUCGUUAUUAAGUCAACUGUGCUGAAGUGCACACCUCACUGAGUGCAAAUACAGCACAGCAAACACACCACACAGCCUGCUGUUACAGCCCACCAUUAGGAGUCUGUCGUUUUUAAGUUUGUAGGUACAUGUCAUGUAUGUAUUAUUUGUCCUGUUUCAUUAAAGGUAUGUUACGUUCAGGCA